UCUCAGUAGCAUCUUACAGGUUCGGAGUUUCCACUGUUAUGACCCACUCGUGGUGCUGGAGUGCACAGGGGAGGCCAAGGCAGUAUAUAAUCACGGCAGGUCCCAGAGCACAGGCACUGGCCACCCUUGGGGCUGCUGGAGCUCACCUCACCACAGAACCAGACCCAGGUGGCACAAGGAAGAAACACUCUUGCAUCAUGACGGGCAAGGCUGUGGCUGCUGUCCUGACUCUUCUCCUGAUCUCAGCAGUUGGAACAAAAGGUAAGGCCUUGCCACGCUCAGCGAUUGAACUCCGGUGCCAGUGCCCAAGCACCCAUUCCAAGUUCAUCCAUCCCAAGUUCAUUCAAAAUGUGAACCUCACCCCCAGCGGACCUCACUGCAAGAAUGUUGAAGUCAUAGCUACCCUGACAGACGGCAGAGAAGUGUGCCUGGAGCCCACUGCCCCCUGGGUGAAGCUGAUCAUCAAGGCAAUUCUGGACAAGGCAAAUGCCAAACCUGAGAUAGUGUCCUAAGACGAAGAAGAAAAACGUCCUAACUCUUCCAGAAAGGCAAAAAUGGGAGAGAUGCUCAUCCAGCUUUUGGCAGCUCAUCUUCUCCUGCCUCCUACCUUCACACUUCUAACAGCAUCUAGAGAGAUUUUGUAGUUAGCUGACAACAGUACUUUAAGACUUUUAAAGAGGUCUCAUUAUGUAGGAGAGAAACCACUGACACCAGAAAAAGCUGGCAGAAAAAAUGGCUUGUGAAAGGAGAUGGAGACGAUUCUGGAGUCAUUUUUGCUAAACACAGCUGGAUCAGUGCAGUGCGCUUUCAGAAGAGCUUUCACUAAUGACACCUUCCCUUUUUGCUAACAGUUUAGGAAAAGACCAGUGACUCCUCUCCAGGAAAACAUGGAUAGGUAGCAUCAACUGUACCUAGGUCACUGCCGCUCAGAGCGGGCUACUGACUGGAAGAGGGGAGCUUGCAAAAUUAAGAAGCCAAAAUUCUGAGACAU